UCUUUCAGUUAAUUGGCUUCAUCCUGGCCGCGCGCAUUUUUUUGCGACUAGCAUCCCUAUUAGGGCAAAAUCCUGUCAGAGACCCGCCCUUGCCUCCUUCCUGUUGGUCAAGCUCACAUUAUUUUAAUGAGCAAAGAAUGGGCGGUGGUGGGUAGGGUUUUAGGAUACAGAUUCUGUCAGUACUUUUGGGAUGAGGGCUGGUGUUGUUUUCUUGUCACACGGGCCUGGGAAGCUUUGGUCUAGGGAAUGGCAGCGGCUAGAUCUGCGUGGAUCAGAGUAGAACAAAAGAUAGAGUAGAGCCGAGUGUGAUGGCUGGUGUACAUCUUUAAUCCCAGCAUUUGGGGGCUGAGGCAUGCGGAUCUCUAUGAGGAAACUGAGGCCCAGAGAGGUUAAGUGUAUUGGCCAAAGUCAAACAUCUAGUAAGUGAUGGAGCCAGGACUCAAACUCAGCUUAGGGGCCAUGUCCACCCUGUUCCCGUCACUGUUCCCUCGUGUGACUGAGACACUGUGGUUUAAUCUGGAUCGACCCUGUGUGGAGGAGACAGAGCUGCAGCAGCAGGAGCAGCAGCAUCAGGCCUGGCUCCAAAGCAUUGCAGAGAAAGACAACAACCUGGUACCUAUUGGCAAGCCAGCCUCAGAGCACUACGAUGAUGAAGAGGAAGAGGACGAUGAAGAUGACGAGGACAGCGAGGAGGAUUCAGAAGAUGAUGAGGACAUGCAGGACAUGGAUGAGAUGAAUGACUAUAAUGAGUCCCCUGAUGAUGGAGAGGUCAACGAGGUGGACAUGGAAGGCAACGAACAGGAUCAGGACCAGUGGAUGAUCUAGGUAGACAAGCCAAGGUGGCCUCAGGGUGAUUCCAGGCCACCCCAACCUAUAUUACAUCCACAGCCUCAGCCCCUCAGCCUGCAGAACCAGCUGUGAUUGUAGUGUCUAAAGCUUACCCUUAGGCACUGUCUCUGCUGCUUCCAGGGCAAGGUCUCCUUGGGCCCUCCCAGUCUUCCCUUGAAUCCCGAGAGCCUGAGCCCAUCCCACCUUCCUGGCUGGUACCUCAUUCCUUGGUUGCCAGGUGUGGUCUCUUUCUAACCCUCUUUAAUAAAGACACAGGACUGAUUCUUUUCCCCAA